AUAUGGCGUAGCGGAGAUGGGCGAGUGCCGCUUGGGGAAGCCGGAGGGAGACAAAGGACCAAAGUUUCAGCUCGUCCUUUUCGAAGUGCAGAAGUACCGCGAAGGAGAGAUGGCCGUCUGUGCACUGCGCUGACAUGGAUUAUUCUGUGUGAAUCCUUCACCGGGAGCGCGUCUGUUGAGCGAAGAAGCUGAGGUCAAGGGGUAAUCCAAGAUGGAUGCAGCUUCUUAUGACCAGCUCCUGAAGCAGGUGGAGGCACUUAAAAUGGAGAACUCCAACCUUCGUCAGGAGUUGGAGGACAACUCGAAUCAUCUCACCAAACUCGAGACGGAAGCCUCUAAUAUGAAGGAGGUGCUGAAGCAGCUGCAGGGAAGUAUUGAUGAAGAGUCCAUCGAGUCCUCAGGACAGAUUGAUCUUCUGGAAAGACUGAAAGAAAUCAGCCUGGACCCAAGCAACUUCUCAGGUGUGAAGCUGAGGUCCAAGGCUUCUGUACGCUUGUAUGACAGCUGUGACACCUCUGUGUCUGGGCAGUCUGGAGACAGCAGCCCUGUCCCUGUUGGUUCCUUUCCGAGGCGGGGCGUAAUGCACGGGACCCUCGAUAGUGCCAGUUGUCUGGAGGAACUAGAGAAAGAGAGGUCUCUGCUGAUGGCAGAACUUGAGAAAGAGGAAAAAGAGAAAGAUUGGUACUACACCCAGCUACAGAACCUCACUAAAAGGAUCGAUAGCCUUCCCUUAAUGGAAAGUUUCUCGCUGCAGACGGACAUGACUCGCAGACAGCUGGAGUAUGAGGCCCGUCAGAUCCGAGCUGCCAUGGAGAAACAACUGGGAACGUGCCAGGACAUGGAGAAGAGGGCCCAGGUGAGAGUAUCACGCAUCCAGAAGAUAGAAAAAGACAUGCUUCGCAUCCGCCAACAUUUACAGUCUCAGCCAGCAGAUUCAGAGGUACCUUUGCCCAGCAAACAGCCAACUUUGCCUGAUUGUGAGAGAGAUGUUGAUGGAGAGCAGGCAUCUGGUGACUCUGCUACGGCUCCCCCAUUGUGCAGCCAGGGGUCAGGUACUCGAAUGGACCAUGAAGCAACAAGUGAUUUAAGCUGUGGUGGUAGUUACUCUGUCCCACGCAGACUGACAAGUCACCUUGGUACCAAGGUAACCGAAGAUUACAGGCCUCAGGUGGAAAUGGUGUACUCGCUCCUGUCCAUGUUGGGUACCCAUGACAAGGACGACAUGUCACGUACAUUAUUGGCCAUGUCCAGCUCCCAGGACAGCUGCAUUGCCAUGCGCCAGUCGGGCUGUCUGCCACUGCUCAUCCAGCUGCUUCAUGGCAACGACAAGGACUCAGUGCUGCUGGGCAACUCGCGUGGCAGUAAAGAGGCCCGGGCCCGGGCCAGCGCUGCCCUACACAAUAUCAUCCACUCACAGCCUGAUGAUAAGCGAGGCAGGCGAGAGAUUCGUGUGCUGCACCUGCUGGAACAGAUCCGGGCCUACUGUGAGACCUGCUGGGAGUGGCAGGAGACCCACGAGCGUGGUGUGGACCAGGACAAAAACCCCAUGCCCUCACCAGUGGAGCAUCAGAUUUGCCCUGCAGUAUGUGUCCUCAUGAAGUUAUCCUUUGAUGAAGAGCAUCGGCAUGCAAUGAAUGAGCUAGGGGGGUUGCAAGCAAUAAGUGAGUUGCUGCAGGUGGACUGUGAGAUAUAUGGGCUAACCAAUGACCACUGCAGCGUGACACUUAGAAGAUAUGCUGGAAUGGCCCUAACAAACCUAACCUUUGGAGAUGUGGCCAAUAAGGCAACUCUAUGUUCUAUGAAAGGCUGCAUGAGGGCGAUGGUAGCGCAGCUGAAAUCAGAUAGUGAAGAUUUACAGCAGGUUAUAGCUAGUGUUCUAAGGAAUUUGUCAUGGCGUGCUGACGUAAACAGUAAGAAGACUCUUCGUGAGGUUGGAAGUGUGAAAUGUUUAAUGGAAUGUGCCUUGGAUGUCAAGAAGGAAUCAACACUAAAAAGUGUUCUAAGUGCCCUGUGGAACUUGUCGGCACAUUGCACUGAAAACAAAGCAGAUAUUUGUUCUGUCAAUGGUGCAUUGGCUUUUUUGGUUAGCACGCUAACAUACCGAAGCCAAACCAACACCUUGGCAAUUAUUGAAAGUGGAGGAGGUAUCCUGAGAAAUGUGUCAAGUCUCAUCGCUACAAAUGAAGAUCAUAGGCAAAUUCUGAGAGAAAACAAUUGCCUCCAGACUCUGCUUCAGCAUCUGAAGUCACACAGCUUGACAAUAGUCAGCAAUGCAUGUGGAACACUUUGGAACCUAUCUGCUCGAAAUGCAAAGGACCAAGAAGCCUUAUGGGACAUGGGAGCUGUCAGCAUGUUGAAAAACCUCAUACACUCAAAGCACAAGAUGAUUGCCAUGGGAAGUGCUGCAGCUUUAAGGAAUCUAAUGGCCAACAGACCUGCCAAGUACAAGGACGCCAACAUUAUGUCUCCAGGAUCUAGCUUACCCUCACUCCAUGCCAGAAAACAAAAAGCUUUAUUUGAAGAGCUAGAUGCGCAACACCUUUCGGAGACUUUUGAUAACAUUGACAACUUAAGUCCUAAAGCUUCUCACAGGAACAAACAAAGACACAAACAAAAUGCAUAUGGUGAGUUUGUUCUAGACUCUGGACAUCACAAUGAUGACAGUGUUUGCAGGUCAGAGACUUUUAAUCCUAACAUGCCCUCUCACACACCUUAUGCAAACACUCAAGUUGUACCUAAUUCAUCAUCUAGAGAAGGCAGAGGCAGUUCAGAAAGUUCAAAGGCUGACAAGGAUAGAAGCCUUGACAGAGAACGAAGAGCUGGCGUAUCAAGUGGAUUCCACCCUUCAGAUGACACUUCAAAAAGAACUGCUAUGCAAGCAUCAUCAACCACUGCACAGAUUGCCAAGGUUAUGGAGGAGGUAGAGAGCAUGUGCAUUAGUCAAGAUGACAGAAGUGCCGGGAAUACAAUGGACACACGAUCUGUGCAAGAGGAAAUUAAUACUGUUAGGCAUACACCUGCCAUUCAUGCUCAUUUAAACCCCUACAACUUUAACAAGCCAGAGCACAGUAACAGAACUUGCCAAAUGCAAAAAAUUGAAUAUAGAGCAUCUAAUGACAGUCUUAACAGUGUGAGUAGUAGUGAUGGCUAUGGUAAAAGAGGUCAAAUGAAACCUUCCAUUGACUCUUACUCUGAAGAUGAAGGGAAAUGUUGCAUCUACAAGAAAUAUCCUGCUGACCUAGCCCAUAAAAUUCAUAGUGCUAAUCAUAUGGAGGAUGCCGAUGGUGAUCUGGAUACUCCAAUUAAUUAUAGUCUGAAGUAUUCAGAUGAACAGUUGAACUCUGGCCAGCAAAGCCCAAGCCAAAAUGACAGGUGGGUUAGAGUUAAGCAUCUUGGGGAUGAUGUAAAGCGGACAGAUCAGAAAUCUGGGCAGUCUCAAAAUCAGGGUUAUCCUAUUUACACAGAGGCAGCUAGUGAUACUGACGAAACACAGAAAUCAUUUCAGUCAAGGUUUGUGUCACCAGAGUGCUCUGGUGCAUUUCGAUCUAGGACCUCCAACUCUGAGCAAAGUAGUUCCUGUCUGGGAAUAAAUAAGAUGAUCAGCCAGAAUAUGUGCACUGUUAAAGAUUAUAGUGAUGACAAAUCAACCAAUUUUAAUGAGCGAUUUUCAGCAGAAGAACAACAAGAGGAGGAUCAGCCAACGAACUACAGCAUAAAGUAUAAUGAUGAGCAUCAUGUGGAACAACCUAUUGACUACAGCUUAAAAUAUUCGGAAAACUCCUCCCAAAAAGUAAUGUUUAGCCAUUCAAAAUCCUCUUCUGCUCAGAGAUUAGAAAAAGACAAUCUAACUCAGGGCAAUAUGACAACAUCUGUAACAUCAUUAAAGAAUUCAAGCAGACAAAAACAGCUUCAUCCACCUCAAACACGAUCUGGGCCAACACGGGUUAUCCAAAAGACUUCAACUUGUAAAACUCCAUCUAUUAAUCAAGAAACUCUACAGACAUACUGUGUUGAGGACACACCGAUCUGUUUUUCACGUGGCAGUUCUCUAUCUUCUUUGUCAUCUGAGGAAGAUGAAACAGAAGUCCGUAAACGAUCCGUGAAUGCUGGCGCUAACUAUUCAAAUGUACCUGUUUCUGAGAAAGAAUCUUCUGGCAUUUUAGUUACAGAUCAGCAUAAUGCUGAAAGCCAGUCCACUGUGCAGUACAUCCGAAUGAAACCUCAGAGAAAUCAAAGUUCCUCUGUGUCCAUAUCAGAAGGAUCAAGACAUAAAGCUGUUGAGUUUUCAUCAGGAGCUAAAUCUCCUUCUAAGAGUGGUGCUCAAACACCUAAAAGUCCUCCAGAACAUUAUGUACAAGAGACACCACUUAUGUUUAGCAGGUGUACUUCAGUAAGCUCCCUUGAUAGCUUUGAAAGUCAGUCUAUAGCUAGCUCGGUACAGAGUGAACCGUGUAGUGAGAUGGUUAGUGGAAUCAUUAGCCCAAGCGAUCUUCCUGAUAGUCCUGGGCAAACAAUGCCUCCAAGUCGAAGCAAAACUCCCCCACUUACACAUCCUCAUCCAGCUCAGAUGAAACACAAGAUAAAAGUAACUCCUCAAAAUGACAAGAGAGAUUUGACUCCAAGACAUGCGGCUGUGAGUUCUGCUGUUCAGAAAGUUCAGGUACUCCAGGACAAUGACACAUUGUUGCAUUUUGCCACAGAAAGUACUCCAGAUGGAUUCUCCUGUGCAUCCAGUCUAAGUGCUCUAAGCCUUGAUGAGCCUUAUAUUCAGAAGGAUGUUGAACUUCAGAUUAUGCCUCCAGUUCAUGAAGACGACCAUGGAAAUGAAGGUGACCCUGAAAAAGAUGAAUCUGUGGAGGCAAGAAGCCCAGAUAAGGCUAAAAUACCUUGCCAACCAGAAAAGGACAUACUUGAUGACUCUGAUGAUGAUGAUAUUGAAAUAUUAGAAGCUUGCAUAAACUCUGCUAUGCCAACUAAAUCAUCGCGAAAACCGAAAAAGCAAUCGCUCACACCUGCAUCAAGAAUACCCCCACCUGUUGCUCGUAAACCAAGCCAGCUUCCUGUAUAUAAAUUACUUCCAUCACAGAAUCGAGGGCAGCAGCAGAAACACGUGAGCUUUACGCAUGGAGAAGAUAUGCCUAAGAUAUACUGUGUUGAAGGAACUCCCAUUAAUUUUUCGACUGCUACGUCUCUGAGUGAUCUUACUAUUGAUUCUCCACCAAAUGAGCUGGCAAGUAAUGAAAACUCUGUUCAUACUGUGGAACCUUCCUGUACUCAGAGAGAAGUUGUUCUAAAGGGGAAAACCACAGAAGUCAAGAGCCCUGGUCAAAGUCCUUCUACCUCAAAGUCAGUUGUAGAUGAGAACAAUGAAGGGGAUGAUAUCCUGGCUGAGUGUAUCAGUUCUGCAAUGCCGAAAGGUAAAACUCAUAAGCCUUUUAGAUUAAGUAAAAUUGAUCAAGGGCAGCAUCUGUCAGCCUCUCCUGCUACUUUAGUCCAACAAGAAAUGGAAAAGAAGAAACCCACAUCUCCUGUGAAACCAAUACCCCAAAGCAAUGAAUAUAGAUCAAGAAUGUUAAAACGGCCAGAGCCUGCCUGCAGUUUUAAUCCAGGGACCACAUGUCCAGAUAAAAAUGAAACAAAAAAACAAGACUUAAAGGCUGCUUCAGGAGAGCUAACAGAAAAACAUUCAAACAUUGAUGAGAGAACACGUACAGGCUUUACUUUUGAUUCACCACAUCAUUAUACACCAAUUGAGGGAACUCCCUAUUGCUUCUCACGCAAUGAUUCUUUGAGUUCAUUAGAUUUUGAAGAUGAUGAUGCUGAUUUCUCAAAAGAAAAAGCUGAACUUAGAAAAGAAAAGGUGCAAAACAAAGAUUCUUCAAAGAAUACCAGCGAGGAAACUGUUAACCAACAAACUGAAAGCAGGAAACACACAUUACAGGUGGCUCCUUCAAAACCUCUGCAAAAACAGGGAAAUUUUACACAAACAUCCAAAGAAAUUGCAGGACCAAUCUCAGAUGAGAAGCAGAACUUUUCAAUCGAAGAUACACCAGUAUGUUUUUCGAGAAAUUCCUCACUUAGUUCACUGAGUGACAUUGAUCAAGAAAAUAACAACAGAAACUCCCAUCAGAAAGAAAACAUAACUCAGGAAGAAACCUCAAGGCCUCAAGCUUCUGGUUAUGCUCCAAAGGCCUUUCAUGUUGAAGAUACCCCUGUGUGUUUUUCAAGAAACAGUUCACUUAGCUCUCUUAGCAUUGAUUCUGAAGAUGAUCUUUUGCAAGAAUGUAUAAGUUCUGCCAUGCCAAAAAAGAAAAAACAACCCCUUAGAACUAAAAUGGAUGAUUCUCGGGAGAGUGGUGAUAAAAGCAUUUGUGGAAUUUUAGCAGAAGAGCCAGAUCUAACACUUGACAUCCCAGACACACAUAGUCCUGUUUCAGAGCAGGCUCUUUCACCAGAUUCAGAAUCUUUUGACUGGAAAGCUAUUCAAGAGGGUGCAAAUUCCAUAGUUAGUAGUUUACACCAGGCAGCUGCUAGUCUUUCUCGACAAGGCUCUUCUGACUCAGAUUCAAUCCUCUCUCUUAAAUCUGGUAUAUCAAUUGGAUCUCCAUUCCAUAUUACUGCAGAUCAAGAGGAAAUGAAAGAGAAAACUUCAAACAAAGGCCCUAGAAUACUGAAACCAGGAGAGAAGAGUACUCUAGAAUCUAAAAAGAAAGAAGAAGAAGCCAAAGGCCUUAAAGGGGGUAAGAAAGUUUACAAAAGCCUCAUAACAGGCAAAGCACGUACAAGUCUUGACUGUGCAUCUGCUCAGCAAAAGCAAGCUCCGGGUCCCAUGAUCUCCCGUGGAAGGACAAUGAUUCAUAUUCCAGGGGUGAGAAGCAGCUCACCCAGUACCAGUCCAGUUACUAAAAAGACACCAUCUAAGGCAACUGCCUCAAAAGCAUCUUCACAGGUUCAGACCAGUGGCAACUCUCGUGGUGUAAAACCACCCACAAAAUUAGACUGUAGCCUGGCCCCUAGGCAACCCAGUUCUCAAAGUGGAUCUAGUAAAGCCUCUUCUCAGUCUGGCUCAAGAGACUCCACUCCUUCUAGGCCUUCUCAGCAACCAUUAUCUAGACCUGUCCAGUCACCAGGUCGCACGUCUGUUUCCCCUGGGAGAAAUGGUAUUAGUCCAUCCACAAAGCUAUCACAGUUACCCCGCACUGUGUCUCCUAGCACAGCUUCAACCAAAUCUUCAGGAUCUGCUAGAAUGUCGUAUCCUUCUCCUGGUAGACACUUGGGUCAGCAGCCUCCAGCAAAACAAACUGGUUUUCCAAGAAGUACUAGUGGAAUUCCAAGAAGUGAAUCUGCUUCUAAAGGUUUGAAUCAAUCUGGAGCAACAGGACCUUCAAAAAAGGCAGAUUUGUCAAGGAUGUCAUCUACAAAGUCCAGUGGAAGUGAGUCUGAUCGAUCUGAAAAACCUGUCCUAGUUCGACAGUCAACUUUUAUUAAAGAAGCCCCCAGUCCAACACUAAAACGAAAGCUGGAAGAAUCUGCAUCAUUUGAAUCUUUGUCUCCAUCUCCUAACCGAUCCCAGUCUCAAACACCAGUCUCAAGCCCAUCUUUGCCAGAUAUGUCCUUGGCUUUGCCCUAUCAAGGCAGCUGCUGGAGAAAAUCUCCUCAAGGAAAUUUGUCUGAUAAUGGUGAUGGAAAAUCUCUUAGAAGACACGACAUUGCACGUUCCCAUUCUGAAAGCCCUUCAAGGCUUCCCGUUAACAAGUCUGGGACAUGGAAACGAGAACAUAGCAAACAUUCCUCCUCCCUCCCAAGGGUGAGUACCUGGAAACGAACAGGAAGCUCAUCUUCUAUCCUCUCUGCUUCUUCAGAGUCAAGUGAAAAAACAAGGAGUGAAGAUGAAAGGCAGACUUUGAGUCCUCCUCAAAAGCCAGUGCAAAGUGAUGGGGGUCCAGCUUUAAGGGGAACAUGGAGGAAAUUUAAGGAAAGCGAAAUUCCUUGUUUAAUGGAUAAUGAGCCCCAGGAUAUAUCCAAGGAUGAGGAUUGUCUUUCAGUGGGACAUCAGAUGAUCACUGGAGGGUCAAAAAUGGAAGAUGUGUGGGUGAGAAUCGAGGAUUGCCCUAUCAACAAUCCUCGUUCUGGGAAAUCUCCAACUGGAAAUAUACCGCCAGUUAUUAGCAGUAUGUCUGACAAUGUACCUGCUACAAAUUUUGAUGAAAAUGAGAUGCAGAGUAAACAAUUCUCAGUCAAAGAAAAUUCACCUGUCCCUACACCUAGUCUUGAGAAGAAGGUUACGGAUUUUAAAACAACUUUUAACAACCCAAACACCACAUCAGAGACACAUGAAGUCCCAGUUGCGGAACGUACUCCUUUCAGCUCUUCCAACUCGAGCAAGCAUAGUUCCCCAAGUGGUGCUGUGGCAGCACGAGUGACACCAUUCAAUUAUAACCCUAGCCCUAGAAAGAGCAGUGCUGAUAGUACUUCCCAUCGACCUUCCCAGAUCCCAACUCCAGUGACCAGCAGCACAAAGAAAAAGGACUCCAAAGGUGAAAAUGCUGAGCCUAGUGGAUCAUAUAUAGUGACAUCUGUUUGACUCUUUCAUGAUCAUGCAUAAUCCUGGAACCAUUUUGGACAAUUUUGGCCAUACUUUUAGACCUGUUUCAAAGGAAAAAAACCUAGGAUAUGCAUAUUGAUGAUCAUUUAUGCUCCUAGAAAUACUUCAACAAUAAUUGAGAAAACAAGAAGCAUGUAUAUAGUUUUAUUUUUGAGGGCUACUGUCAUUGAAUGCUUAUUUAAGGCACAGUGUUGGCUAGUAGAAAUGUGGCUGGCACAUUUAUUGGGGCAGUUUGAGUAUUGUAACAGUAUUUUAAUUUGUACAGUACAGAUUUUGAUUAUGAAUUUAAUUUAAGUCCAUUAUGAUCUUUUCUUGCUUUAUAAAUAAUCAGUUAAAAAUAUAGUUGGGGUGUGGUAUACAUUAAAUGGACUGAAAAUCUAAUGUUUUUGCUUUAAUGACUAAACUGAUUAUUUAUAAAUGACAUGGAACCAGUUAUUGUUGCAAAUAGUUUUUACAACUUCCCUUUCUGCUCCUGCAUGCAUUCAUCUGAUGGUUUGUUUUUGGAAUUAACAAUUUCUGUUGUCAAAUGAUGUGCAUAGGUAGCAUUUGUGUAAUCCUUUUACACUUUGUGUGUUUUCUGGAAGUAUGGAAUUGUAAUCUUUAAAAUUAUUUUACAUCUGGUGAAGAUUUUAUCUGAAAGUAGACCAUGUGCUAUGCGGUUAAAUUGUAUUCUGUCAAAGUGAGAAAUUUGUUCUUAAUGGGUUUUAGUCUCCAGACUAAAUGAACGUCUCAAGAACAAAUGAUUACAUUUGGUUUUGGUGUUGAUCUAAUUUUUUACUUUUUUAAUCAAUUAAAUGACUAUCAUUGCAGCACAUUACUUGAUGAGAUGCAUAUUGUUAUGCCAAAAGUUUUAAGUCACUGAUGGAAAUGUUUUUUUCAAACAAUGGUGGAUGGUUGGUUAUUUAAGAAAAAGAUGGUGCAAACUGUAAAGCAACAUAAUAAACACAGAUUUUUUUUUUGGUGCCAUUCUGGUUAUGUUUAAUUAGCAGAAUUGGACCUUGCACACAAUGAAAGUACAUGAAAAUCUGAGAGCUUGACAA